GUAACCGCGCCCUUUUUAGUCAACUGGUAAAAGUGUUGCACUCUCCUUCUGUCCUUUCCCCUUGCAUCUUCAGAUUUUUCAAUUUGCAGGAUGUUGUUUCGCAGGCGCCGGAGAUGUGGAAACGCCGAAGACAUCAAGAAAACACAGAAGGACCGCAAGACCAACACACCACGAAAACUCCCCGGAGUGCGCCCCCGUGCAUUGUCCAAUCCACGCUCCGGCGAGCCAAUACACCCGUGGAAUCCAUUUAGCAAAUCUAUCCAGCAGACAUUCGAUCAAUCUCAAUCGCCCCUCUUCCAAUUACCAGGAGAAAUUCGUCUGCAGAUCUGGGUCGAAUUCCUAGGUGGGCGUCUGUUACAUAUUGCUCGGGCCCCAAAGAAGCUCCUCGCCGUCGAAUGUGUCGAGGAGUGGGAUCCUGAGCUCGACACAGGCUGGCAUUGGUGCUGGGGUAGCACACAUGAUCCUCUGACUCUGGGGAAAACGCCUGGCUUCUACUGUGGACCGAAGAGUCCUCAUUCCGCAAAGCCGGCCAAUCUGCUCCCUCUGCUGCAGGCAUGUCGGAUGAUAUAUAGAGAGGCAAUCCCGGUGCUUUACCAAAGCAAUAUCUUCGACAUGAACCAUGUCGACACGCCCUUGUACCUCCGGCGGUCAGUCCUGCCGAAACACCUGAAUCAGAUUCGUGACUUGCACUUUACCUGGGACUUCAAGGAUAAUAUCGAAUGGGCCGACGAUGCUCCCUAUGAUCUUGGCACCUGGCGUGAGAGCUGCAACGCUAUUGCAGGUCUUGCCGGGCUACAGAAGCUCACAAUGCAUUUAACUGGAGAGACAGAUCACAUUCCGGGCAUGAGCGGAAAGGAUUACUGGGCCCCAUGGCUUGACGAGUUAGCGCGAAUUAAACCAGCAAUGGAAUUUCGUGUCUUCUUGCGUUGGCCAGAGAAGGAUUGUAUGGAAGUUGAAAAAGAAUGCAGAUACCCGUUCAAGAUAUUACCAACGGUCAAGAAGGUGCUGCCGCUAGUUCAAUUUGAUACAGGUGGAAUAUAAUUUUGUUCAGUUAGGACAGAGUACCAAUCCUGAAGUAGUACUGUGUUCCCGGCUUUGCUGUCUCUUCUCUGCGAACUGGGGUGAUUUGUGCUACGGACCUGCUCGCGUCCCCUUUGUCUAUAUAUCCAGUUAGGAACAUCGGUUCGGCAGGGUUAAGAGCGGGAGACAGCGCCAGACUGAAUCUCCAUACUCCGUGUGCUCUCGAACACAGCCUGGCCCGCAUCCCCCUCAUAAACGAGGUAUACCAGGGCUCGCGAUCCCUGCCACAACCAUUGUGAGCCCGUUCUACCUGGCAGUGCUCUGCUAACUGAUGUGGAUACCGAG